AUGUCUGCAACUGAAGGAAUCAACCACCCCGAGCUGGAGAAGGACGUAGGUCCUUCCAGCUCUCCCCAGAACGGCGGCGCCCCCAUCCAGCCCCAGAUGUCUGCCGAAGAGCACCAGGUCGCACGCGCCGCCGCACGCUUCGGCUACGGACCCCUCGCCCACGUCAACAAAGUAGAAGCAUCCCUGCCUCCCUUCGGUGGUGAAUUCCAGCCCGGUCUGUACAAAUCCGUUGAGAGCCGCAAGUUUGCCAAUCCUGCUCCGCUGGGCCUGUCCGCUUUCGCCCUCACCACUUUCGUCCUCAGCGCCAUCAACAUGGGAACCCUGGAUAUCGCCAGCCCUAACAUUGUUGUCGGUCUUGCUUUUGGUUACGGUGGUCUUGUUCAGCUGCUUUCCGGCAUGUGGGAAAUGGCUGUUGGUAACACUUUCGGUGCUACCGCUCUCUCUUCCUAUGGUGGUUUCUGGAUCGCUUUCGCUAUUGUCUUGACUCCCGGUGGUUUCCAGAUCGGUGAGGCUCUCGGCGAGUCCAGCGACGAUGCUUCCAAAUUCUAUAACUCCAUGGGUCUUUUCCUGAUGGGCUGGUUCAUCUUUACCACCAUUCUGUUGUUCUGCACCCUGAAGUCCACUGUUGCCUUCUUCCUGCUGUUCUUCACACUGGACUUGACUUUCCUUCUACUCGGUAUCUGCUACCUGCAGCGCGGUCCUGACGGCCACCCCAACGCCAACGUCCAGAAGGCCGGUGGUUUCUUCGGUUUCCUGGCUGCUUUCGCGGCCUGGUACAACGCCCUUGCUGGUAUUGCCGAUACUAGCAACAGCUUCUUCAUCAUCCCCGUUGCUCACUUCCCCUGGUCCCCCACCGGCCUUGUUCGCCGUGGCAAGACCGAGCGUGAGCUCGCAUAA